GAUCUCUCGUUGAAAACAUGUUUUGGUUACGAUUUCAUUCUAGAAAAAUACCGAAAACCAAUUAAUUUUAUAUUUCUGUGUUAAUUCAAUACAAUAAACAUAAAGAGCAUUACAAUGGCAUCUUCUAAGCUGGAAGUGCUGGUGGACUUCGGUGACAGUCCAGACAAGCAACAGGUGGAUAAAACCAUCAAAGAGCUCACGUCAAGGGAAGGUGUUAAAGAGGCACAAUUCAAAGAUGGAGCUAUAAUGGUGGAGACUUCGUUGCCAAGCACAGAAAUAUUGGAAUUUGUCACAAAGACCUCAGGCAGGAGAGCUGUCUUACAAGGAUUUGGCGAUGGCCAGUCUGCCGUAGCCAUGGUGUCAGGACAGUCAUGUUGUGGGGGUACAGUGGUCGGUGUGGUGAGGUUCCAACAGACUGGUGAUGUUUUGGUAGCAGACGGUAGCAUCGAUGGUCUACCACCUUCUUCGGAACAUGGGUUACAUAUACACAGCACUGGGGAUUUGAGCGAGGGAUGCAAUUCAAUAGGGGAUCAUUACAACCCCUUGGGCAGUCCGCACGGUGGCCCACAAGACUCCGCAGAUCGGAGGCAUGCGGGUGACUUGGGAAAUAUAAGGGUUGGUGACAAUGGCAGAGCCACUUUCAGGAUUACGGAUAGAAUUUUAAAGGUUUGGGAUAUAAUUGGGCGAUCAGUGGCUGUAUCGGAGAAAGAAGAUGAUCUGGGUAGAGGGUCCUCCCCUUCGUCCAUCGUGAAUGGGGACAGCGGAAAGGCUAUCGCCUGUGGUGUAAUAGCACGGUCAGCUGGUAUAUUCCAAAACCCCAAAAGGAUAUGCGCUUGCGACGGCAUUGUUGUAUGGGACGAAAGAGAUCGCCCAUUAGCAGGCAAGGGAAGGAGAGAGGCGAAAAAAUGUUGCCAAAAUCACUCCUCUCCUAAAGGAGAAAAUAUCAGGGAGAACCACCACGUCAAUGGGGAAAAUGGCAUUGACGAAGGAAGAGAAUUGAAGGCGUCUUGUAAAGUUUGAGUUUUUCAGUGCGGUUUGAGGACUUAAUGUGUUUACGGUGUAUUGUUUUAGCCUCUAAUUAAUAAACCAGGAAUAAGCUAAGACUAGUUACGCCGUGUUUUUAGGGU